AUGUUUAGUCAAUUUGCCAGACGCGCUACGUCUUUUGCUUCCCCUAUUGGGGCUAAAAGAUUUAUGGUUGGUUCUGCCGCUAUUGCAGGUCUAACAGCCUCUGCUACACUAUAUGCUGAAUCUCUAACUGCAGAAGCUAUGACUGCCGCAGAACAUGGUUUACAUCCUCCAUCUUACGGCUGGUCCCAUAACGGUCCUUGUGAAACUUUUGACCACGCCUCUAUCAGAAGAGGUUACCAGGUCUAUCGUGAGGUUUGUGCUGCUUGUCAUUCCCUAGACCGUGUCGCAUGGAGAACACUUGUUGGUGUUUCUCAUACUAAUGCUGAGGUCCGUGCUAUGGCCGAAGACUUUGAAUAUGACAACGAACCAGAUGAUCAGGGUAACCCUAGAAAGAGACCAGGUAAGCUUGCAGACUACAUUUUAGGUCCAUACCCUAACGAGCAGGCCGCUAGAGCUGCUAACUCUGGUGCUCUACCUCCUGACUUGUCAUUGAUCGUUAAGGCCAGACAUGGUGGUGCUGACUACAUCUUCUCUUUGCUAACCGGUUACCCAGAUGAACCACCUGCUGGUGUUGUUUUGCCUCCAGGUGCAAGUUACAACCCUUACUUCCCAGGUGGCUCAAUUGCUAUGGCUAGAGUCUUGUUUGACGACCUAGUUGAGUACGAAGAUGGAACCCCAGCAACCACUUCUCAAAUGGCUAAAGAUGUUACCACCUUCUUGCACUGGUGUGCAGAACCUGAACAUGAUGAACGUAAACGUUUAGGUAUCAAGGCCGUUAUCAUCCUCUCUUCAUUAUACUUGUUAUCUGUUUGGGUCAAGAAGUUCAAGUGGGCAGGAAUUAAGAAUAGAAAGUUUGUUUUCAACCCUCCAAAGAAAUGA